AUGUCAUCAAGCAACAAUAAUCUUCUUGUUGAUAGUGAUUUUAAUAAGUUAACAACAACGACAACAACAAUAUCAACAGCAACAAUUAAUUCUCUUUUAUCAACAACAACAACAGCAAUUUCUAAUGUUAGUCUUUUUCAUACAUCACUAUCAACAUCACAACAGGGAACAAAUCGAACAUUGAAUAUAACAUUACUUAUCGGAUGUAUAAGUGCAAGUAUUAUUUUAAUUAUAAUUAUUAUUUAUGCAGUUGUUAAAUAUCGAAAUCGUGAUGAAGGUUCAUAUAAAAUCGAUGAAAGUAAAAAUUUUGUUUUAAGCUCUCAUAUUGACAGCCAUGAUAAUAGUGGUUGCCGUGGUAAAAUAUCUUCAUCACAUCAUCAUAGACAAAAAUUAAUAACAACAAAUGAACACAAUGGCGUUGAUUCAAGAGAAUGGUACGUGUAA